AUGGCCCUGCAGAUCUCUGACACGGCCUUCUACUUCCAGCCGCUGAUGGAGCACUACGAGCAAGUUGAGCUCCUGAGCUACUACAUCCCGGGGGCAAUCCAUCAUGUGGUAUACGAGCAACUUCGCGCCGCUGAUCCACUACGGGGCCAGUUCGGCAUGUACUACUGGGCGAUGGUCGGGUCGGCCUUCAUAGUCCUGCUAAUGGACUGCGUGAGGUGCACGGUCGUGGGGAUUUAUGCAAGCAUCCCUUUCAUCAGGGACGCCACGUACAUACGCACUCCAUAUGUAAAGGGAGAUGAUUGA